AUCUCCCUCUCAUAUGAUAAAAACGUUAAACCUUGGAUUGCCGACCGUCUGAAUACUAGGCAAUCGGAAAGUCUAGCGUUAACAGAGAGAACCGCCGUGUGCGGUGGUUCCGGCGGUCGUGCACCGUCCGUCGGCGUAUCGCCGAUCCGGUCACGAUCGCCCGUGAAAGUGCCAUGAUUGAUGAAACCCAUCAUCGGUCGAGCGACAUUGGCGCUGCUCUCUCCUUCAAGAUUCAAGCAAUUCAACGUCGCAGUUCGCUCGAAUUCUUGCAAACGUUUCGUUGAUACGCCAGAAGCUUACUCCACAGAUGCUUCCCUCCGAGGUGGUGCCGAGAUCGACACGUCGUCGCAUGCCCAUGAGUUGUUCGACGAAUUGUCCAACUGGGACGUGGUGUCAGCUUCGGCCUUGCUCGGCCGGUGCGCUCGUAGCCACCGUCACGAUGAGGUGAUCCAUCUUUUCUCGAGGGUGCUCGCUUCGAAUAUAAGGCCCAAUGAAUUCACGUUCGGCACUGCAAUUCAUUCGUCGACCGUGCUUGGCGACGUCCGUGUGGGAAAGCAGCUCCAUGCUUGUGCGAUGAAGAUGGGCCUCCACUCGAUUGUGUUUGUGGGCAGUGCGGUUUUGGAUGCGUAUGCCAAGUUGAGCACUCUUGACGAGGCUCGAAGAGCUUUCGAAGAUACCAGGGAGCCCAAUGUGGUAUCCUACACGACUAUGAUAAGUGGGUACCUGAAAAGGGGUAGCUUUGAUGAUGCUAUAGCUCUUUUUGAGAAUAUGCCGGAGAAAAAUGUGGUUUCUUGGAAUGCAGUGAUUUGUGGCCAUAGCCAAGCUGGUCAUAGUGAGGAGGCUGUCAAUCUAUUCAUCAGGAUGCUCAGGGAAGGGUUUAUGCCUAAUGAAUCCACUUUCCCAUGUGCUCUAACGGCAUCUGCCAAUAUUGCAGCUCUUGGGAUAGGCAGAAGCUUCCAUGGCUUUGCAAUUAAGUGCUUGGAUAAGUUCGGUGUGUUCGUGGCCAACUCAUUAAUCAGUUGUUAUGCGAAAUGUGGAAGCAUGGAAGAUAGUCUUUUGGUUUUCGAUAAGCUAGCGGAGAAAAAUCGUGUUUCGUGCAAUGCCGUGAUAUGUGGUUUUGCACAGAAUGGGGAGGCAAAGGAAGCCAUUAACUUCUUUGAGACAAUGCGGACCAUGGGAUUCGAGCCUAAUAGUGUCUCUUAUCUUGGUUUGUUGUGGGCUUGUAAUCAUGCGGGACUUGUCGAUGAGGGUUAUUCCUACUUCAAUAAGGGUAGAUUGGAGAAUCCCACCAUGCUAAAACCAGAGCACUAUGCCUGCAUGGUUGAUUUAUUUUCUCGGUGCGGGCGUUUCGAAGAAGCAGAAGAGUUUCUUAAAGAUUUGCCUUUUGAUCCAGGAAUUGGAUUUUGGAAGGCAUUGCUUGGAGGCUGCCAAAUUCAUUCUAAUUUUGAAUUGGGGGAACUGGCAGCUAAAAGAAUUCUGGCUUUGGAUCCUAAAGACGUAUCAUCCUACAUAAUGAUGUCUAAUGCACAUUCUGUAGCCGGCAGAUGGCAGAGUGUCUCGACUUUAAGAAAGGACAUGAGAGAGAAAGGGAUGAUGAGAGUCCCUGGUUGCAGCUGGCUUGAAGUAAAAAAUAAAAAUCAUGUAUUUGUAACUGGGGAUAAGAAUCACAUCCAAGAGGUUGAUAUCUACAUGGUUUUGAGAAUUUUUCUCGAGCAUCUGAAGGAGAUGGAAGCUUCGAGUCUCGAGAAUGAAUUUCUUUCAUAGGUGACAAGGCCAUGUCGAUGGUAAAACUAAUUGAUGGGAGUGGAAAAUGAACUUCAACCUUGAGAGAUUAGUUCCUCUGGAUUGUGCUCCCUCUAAGCACUAACUGGAAAAAUGUCAUGAGGAGCUCCUCUUUGCAACGUCCCUAGAGUGAGUCAUUGCUGAGUGGAAGGAAUAUCUUAAUGCCACAAGGGCAGAAGGAUGCCUAAAACAAAAUUAUGACAGAAAGAGGGGUUGAUGGCUCAAAAAACCUACUUGCGAUACUAAAGCUCAACUGUGAUGCAGCGUGGAAGAAUGGUAAGAUGUUCUUGCUUUCUCAGCUAAAGAUGAUGAAGGCAAAUGUGUACAGGCAUGGAGAAGAAAGUGUAGAUGUAUAAAUGCAGCUCCUGCAGAGGCUGAAGCUUUCUUGCUGGCUUUCCAGGGGAUGGAUGAUAUGCCUUGGCGCCAGCUAUUAUAGAAGGAGAUUGCAAAGUGCUGAUAGAUGUGAAGUUGGAAAUUGGGCAAAAGCAUGAAGCACUGUUAGAUAAUCCAGUUACAGCCUCACUUCUAUUCAAAGAAGAUGCAAUAUAGUUGCAAAGGGAGAUGUCCAGCAUGCUAGGAAUAUGAUCUUGGCACUAGCUUGGAGAAAUGAUCAAAUUGCAGAUUAAAAAUGUUGAAUUUGGAGCUGAUAUAACACAGACCCACAGACAUACAUGUAGUAUCUUUCUUUUAUGCCUCGAGAAUAAUGAAUUUCAUGGUUAAAGCA